CCUCCGCCUCCUCCUCCCGCCCCCGGGGACCGGGGGGCCGCUGCGACAUGUCCCAGGACUACGACAACAAAAGGCCUGUGUUGGUUCUUCAAAAUGAAGCUCUGUAUCCUCAGCGACGCCCCUACACCAGUGAGGAUGAAGCCUGGAAAUCCUUCCUGGAAAACCCUCUCACUGCAGCCACCAAAGCGAUGAUGAGCAUCAACGGGGAUGAAGACAGUGCAGCCGCUCUCGGCCUGCUCUACGACUAUUACAAGGUCCCUAGAGAAAGAAGGUCAUCAACAGCAAAACCAGAUGUGGAGCACCCUGACCCAGAUCACAGUAAAAGAAACAGCAUCCCGAAUGUGAGCGAACAGGCCCUCAUUUCGGCUGGCGAAAACAGAGUGCAGGUCCUGAAAAAUGUGCCAUUUAACAUCGUCCUUCCCCAUGGGAACCAACUGGGCAUCGACAAGAGAGGCCAUCUGACGGCCCCUGAUACAACAGUCACUGUCUCUAUAGCGACGAUGCCCACACACUCCAUCAAGACGGAGACCCAACCCCAUGGCUUUGCUGUCGGGAUCCCGCCGGCAGUGUAUCACCCUGAGCCGGCCGAUCGUGUAGUUGUGUUCGACCGCAAUCUCAACCCUGACCAGUUUGCUUCAGCCGCUCAGCCCCCAAACGCUCAGAGGCGCACACCGGACUCUACCUUCUCAGAGACCUUCAAGGAAGGCGUGCAGGAGGUCUUCUUCCCCUCGGACCUCAGCCUGCGGAUGCCCGGCAUGAAUUCAGAGGACUAUGUAUUUGACAGUGUUGCUGGGAACAACUUUGAGUACACCCUAGAAGCCUCAAAAUCCCUUCGGCAAAAGCCAGGAGACAGCACUAUGACGUACCUGAACAAGGGUCAGUUUUAUCCCAUCACCUUGAAAGAAGUGAGCCACAACGAAGGGAUCCAUCACCCCAUCAGCAAAGUCCGGAGCGUGAUCAUGGUCGUGUUUGCUGAGGACAAAACCAGGGAAGACCAGCUAAGGCAUUGGAAGUAUUGGCACUCCCGGCAGCACACUGCUAAACAAAGAUGCAUUGACAUAGCCGACUAUAAGGAGAGCUUCAAUACCAUCAGUAACAUUGAAGAGAUUGCCUACAAUGCCAUUUCCUUCACUUGGGAUAUCAAUGAAGAGGCAAAGGUUUUCAUUUCUGUGAACUGCCUAAGCACGGACUUCUCCUCUCAGAAAGGUGUUAAGGGGCUGCCCCUGAACAUUCAAAUUGACACCUACAGCUACAAUAACCGAAGCAACAAACCGGUGCACCGAGCCUAUUGCCAAAUUAAAGUUUUCUGUGAUAAGGGAGCUGAACGGAAGAUCAGGGAUGAAGAAAGAAAGCAAAGCAAAAGAAAAGGCAAGUGUACUGACCCCAGCUCCCAGUUGAAUGCCUUUUCUGAUGUCAAAGUACCUAUGCUUCCUUCUCACAAGCGAAUGGACAUCACCAUUUUUAAGCCCUUCAUUGAUCUGGAUACCCAACCGGUCCUCUUUAUCCCUGAUGUGCACUUUGCCAACCUCCAACGGGGAGCUCACGUUCUUCCUAUUGCAUCGGAAGAACUGGAGGGAGAAGGGUCUAACAUGAAAAGGGGGCCGUACGGAGCUGAAGAUGACUUUGCUGCUCCACCUCCUGCUAAACUGACCAGAAUAGAGGAGCCGAAAAGAGUGUUGCUCUAUGUUCGAAAAGAAUCCGAAGAAGUCUUUGAUGCUCUGAUGCUUAAGACGCCGUCUCUGAAAGGCCUGAUGGAAGCUAUAUCCGAUAAAUAUGAUGUUCCUCUUGAAAAAAUUGGGAAAAUCUUCAAGAAAUGUAAAAAAGGAAUCCUGGUGAACAUGGAUGACAACAUAGUGAAGCACUAUUCCAAUGAAGACACCUUCCAGCUACAGAUUGAAGAAGCAGGAGGAUCAUACAAGCUCACCCUGACAGAGAUCUAAAGGCAAGCCAACUCCGAACCUCACGAAGGCUUUCAAUGAAGGUGCCGAAAGGACGUUUCUGUCUGUCAGAACUGAGGGUGAAAUAUGGACCACCUUUCUGGGAGGGAAGAGGGAGAGGAGGUUUCGUUUGAGUUCUCGAAGAGAAUCGCAGCUACAUUUUGGAGCCGGAAACGUCGUCUUUUCUCCGCGAUGUGGCAAGGCACCCAUAGCAUCAUUGUGGAAUAAAUUAAUGACUAAGGCGUGUAGGAUUUAAAGCAAUGGAAGGUGUUUACUGAGCGUUUACUGUGUGCGGAGCACUGUACUAAGCGCUUGGGAGAGUACCAUGUAACAAUUGGGAGAGGCGCUUGGGAGAGUACAGUAUAACAGUUGGGAGACGUAUUCCCUAAACUCAGCAAACUUACAGUCUAGAGACUUAAAGAAACCAAACUGCUCCCAAGUUUUAGCCAAUGAAUCAAAUGUCACCAUUUGCUUACUAAAUGUGAAUAGGGCCCACGGUUCAUUAACCAAGAGGGGAUGGGGUAGGGCUUCCCCGCCUCCACCUGCCUGCCUAAUGGUUAUGGAAGUUGCCUCUGAAGACCAAAAAAAAAUAAGAUUUCUACCCCCUUUUCCCUUCCCUUUUUGCCUCCUACCCUCUGCCCCUCCCCACUGAGCGUCUACUAGCAAAGCGUGUCAGUGAAAUCCUCCGGGGUGAUUUUCUUGGUAAGAUAAACUGCCUGCCUUAUGAAGAACAUAAACGGACUUAGUAUGAAACCAGUUAAGAUAAAGCUGUAUUGUAUAUAAGUGCAAUAUAUUUUUGAAGGUUUGUGUCUGUAAAUGUGUGUAUAUAUGUGUCGUAUAUAAAUAUAUAAUAUAUAAAUACGGUGUUUGUGUAUAUACAAUGAGUAUUUGCUAUGAAAGCGACCUUAAAGGAAUGCCAUUAAAAAAAGGCACAUUUUUGAUAGUAUUUGAUCUGUUUGAUGUAUACUCUCUGUUCAGGGGAAACUACUGAAAUGCUGUUGAGUGAAAUGUGUUUUCCCAAACACAAACAGUAAUACCAUUGCAUAGCAAAAUCUUCUCAAGGGAAAAGAUCGUAUUUACCGGAAGGUGAAGGGAUCUGAUUUCUGCACUACGUAAAUGAAGUCCAAGAACUACUGCAUUCAGAUAGAGGUGUAUACUGGUCAGAUGUAGCUAUUGAAGUGAAUAAAAACUAAUACGCCGUUUGGGGAAGCCUUAAUGCUUUUGAGAAUAAGUCAACUAUGGCAAGGGAACUUUCUAUCUACAUAUAUGCAUCUUCUGAAAUGGAAGUUUUAUGGCAGAACUACAAUCACGGGUAUCUUUUAGUUUCAGGGAAAUAGAAGGGGUCCUUUGUACAAGUAGAAUUGAUAGAUUGUAUCUUUCUUUUUACUGUUGAAAAUGUCUUCUAAUGAAGUAUGUGAACUGAAUCUCUGAUUUUGUUUUCCAAACGAGAUACAAUUGGACACGGGUCGAUAACACUAUUUUAUAUGCGUCUCAUGGAACCGAUUUGUGACUUACCGGCUGUUUUUAAUUGUAUCACUGAAGAUGUAUUUUAAGCCAAAGGGAUUAAAUUUUAUAUGUCUGUUUCUUAA